AUGAAUCGAUCAACGGCUCUUUUGCUGCAAUUCGAAAGGGAGUUGAACAUGGCGCUAAGCAAAACUGUCGCCAACAAAAAACACAAAAAGCGGGCCAUUGAUGAGCUUUUCUCUAGGCAGACAUGCAUAAAUGUAUCUAAUACAGUUAUAAAUGAGAUAUUUAUCGGUUUGGAUGAGCUCAUUCUGGGAAUGCACGAUCGGUAUGUGCUCUUGGGCGAUUUGUUUCACAUGCACCAUAUGGGGCCGGAACUGAUAGAGGUAGUCAAGAGAAAAGUCGACGCCGCUGUUUCACAAGCUCGUUUGCGUAUCAUGUAUUGCGGAACUGCGCUCAGCGUUGCAUUUUUCGGCUACUAUGAUGCAUUGUCGACCGCAUACUACAACAACAACUUGGGUGCCCUCUGGGAUGUGAAUUUCUCCAUUAACCUGGGCGUACGUACCGCGAAAGUCAUGCGGAAGGUUCUCCGUCGUUUGAGAGGCGAAAUUAGGGAGAUCAUGUCCCAGCACCUGCUUCAGCCUUCGAAUGCUUUCAUUCAGUACAGAUGCCACGACCGCGUUGCUGACUCUAUCACAAAGUGGUGGGUUAGGGGCUUGAGAAGCAUCAUUCGAGGAGUGAAAGAGAUUGUAUUUGAUGUCUCUUUUGCUGUUGAAGAGUUGCAAGAAUUGAGGGAGAUUCUUAAAGAGGAGCUCGUGGGAAGUAACGAGGUGAAAAUUGAAAGCAAUGCCGUGACAAAAGUUGGAAAGAAAGUCAUAAGAAAACUGAGGAAAACCUAG